CCCAUGGACGCUACGAGCGAAAGCGACGAGACUUCCAGCGACGUUACGAGUCAAGUGCCGCAGUGCGGCUCCGGCUGCUUCCUUCCGCUGUUGGAGGAGGAGGACCGCAGCUGGAGCAGCUUCCUUCAAGGGGAAGAGGCCCACGAGGGCGGUCGAGUGGUCGACGGCCUGCGUGCCAUCCGGAAGCACGAGGAACUCUUUCUGAGGAAGAUUCACAGCCUCAGGCCAAGGCCCACCGCGGAUUCCUCUCCGUCCCCCUCCCCGCCGUCCCGGCCGUCCCGGCCCCGCCUGGCGUUGGCCUUCUCGGGGGGCGGAGUGCGUGCGGCCUUCGUGGCCACUGGGGUCUUGUGGCGCCUGGCGGC